CGAGAGAGAAUGCCUGGCAGGUGAAACAGACUGUCGGCUGAGACAGUGUUGCACAGCCUAAGAACACACCCAGAACAGCGAUUAGAUCGCUUGCACGUGUUUAAGAAUUUUUGGAAAAAUGUUCAAAGCCAAAAGAUGCGUUAAUGUUCUGAUCAUAGUCAGGAAUUCAUCUUCUUUGCCAUAGACAUACACUUGUGCUACAAAUAAGUAAUCGUAGCCAAAAUGCCAAAAGCAAAGCAGCCUUCACGUAAGACAAAGUCAACAUGGCGAAAGAAUAUCGAUAUAACGGGCGUGGAAGCUUCUCUUGAGAAUCAAAGAGCGGCUGAAAGGCUGGGAUUGGCACCUAUCACUUCAAACACUCAUGCAUCUUCACUCUUCGUUGAAGAUCGGGUAGGUGAUGAUUCCCUCAAAAAGAAAGCAGGAAAGAAGCCUUUGAAGAGUUUGGCAAUCUUACGAGAAAAAGAUGAAGGAUCAGCACCUGUAAUCGGAAGGGCAAGAAGAGGAGUAAUGGAUGCAUUGACGAAGCCAAAGGGCGGGAAACAGAGUUCACAAAGUGGAUUGACGCCUGAGCAACGAGCACUGAAGAGCGGAAUGAGUAGAAAAGAUCUGGAGAAGCUACGAAGAACUGCUGGUAGGAAUGUGAAAGGUGCAUUCGGUGUGAUUGUAGACGAAGACGAUGAAGAGGGAGUCAGACAACGAGGACCGACUGCGUUAGUUGGAGAGGAGAAUUACGAUGUCUGGUCUUCCGCUCCAGAAGCUCAGAGCUCAGCAUCCACUUUAGAAGAGGCAAAGAAGCGUAACAAACCGAGCAAAGCACCCGGGACACUGUUGGAAGUCAGGACGAAAGAUGUUGCUCUUCCUCUUCCCAAUCAAGGUCAGUCGUACAACCCUGCAGCAGAGGCCCAUGAAGCGCUCUUGAGUAAGGCAUUACAGAAAGCUCAAGCUGAAGAAGAAGCCAAAAGACAAGAGCUUGAAUACAAGCAAAAGUGGGACGAAGCAGCAAAAGCACAAGCGUUAACAGCCAAAGAUGGUGUUGAACGAUUGAUUGGUAUGCAAGUCAAUGCUGCUGAAGAUGAAGAAGAGAGUUCGGAUGAAGAAGAUGACGAUGAGACAGCUCCAACAAAGAAGCUUGCUAAACGUAAAACCAAACAACAACGUGCAAAGGCCAAGAAGCUCAAAGAAGAAAUCCGUGCUCGCGAACAGGUGAAAGCAUCAAAACGAACACGAGUUCAACUACAACAAUUGCGUGCAUUACGUCAAGAGUUACUCAAAGUGGAUGAAGAGCAUCAGAUGAACAUUGCCAAACGCAAGGAGGCCCGCCAACGAAGAGCAGAUGAAAAAGUUGGAAUGUUCAAGUUGCAAAAACCCGAAGAAGAAGUUCAAUUAGGCGAAGAUUUAGCAGAAAGUUUGAGAGGUUUGAAACCCGAAGGUAAUCUGCUAAGAGACCGUAUUCAUGCAUUCCAAAAACGUGGUUUGAUCGAACCAAAGAAGCAAAAUGUGAUGAAGAACAAUCUCAAAGGUCUCAAUCGCAGACAAAAAGAGUACGAACUUCAUUCUUACAAACGUUUCAAGUAGUUUCAUCACGAUUUCUUAUGAUCGUUUUUUCUCACAUUUGUAUUCUAUACAUUCUCAUCCUGUGCAAUUCCAAUUCUUUUCAUGCAUGCUUUAAAUAAAUAG